UUACGGAAAGUUGAAGCCCAAAUUUCACAACUUCUUCCAUACACUCUCAUUAAUUACAUAGAACCACAAUAAAUAAAUAAAGUGAAGUGAUAAAUGAUAGAAUAUGAACACUGGUUCCAUUUCAUAACACACCACCAUGCCAGGGAAGAAACGAUGGAGUUGGCUCGUAAUCGCAGUGUUAGGCCUCGUAUUACUCUCAAUGUUCGUUCCUCUUGCGUUCUUACUCGGUCUCCACAACGGAUUUCACUCCGUUACUCACACAGGGCGUGCUACUGAGCAAAGGAAAAAUGAUAAGGUUGCCGCUUUUACGCCACCGUUAAUUAAAGGAGGGCUGCCAACACGUGUAGAUGGACUUUUGAGAAAUCCUGGACCAACUCUUCCAAAGGUUCAUUGCAUACUGCUUUGAUGGAUUUUAGAAGGAACGUUGUCAAGAAAACUGAGAACAAAACCACUGGUUUUGCUGUGCCUACACAAGUAUUUAACCCACCUCCAAAAAAACAUGAUGUUGGAGUUAGUUCGUCAGCUGAAGGAACUAAAACAAGUCAAGUCACCGGUCAGAGUGAAAAAACGUGUGAACUAAAAUUCGGGAGCUAUUGCUUAUGGCGUCAACAACAUAGGGAAAAAAUGACCGAUUUUAUUGUUAAAAGAAUGAAGGACCAGCUUUACGUGGCUCGAGCUUAUUACCCCAGUAUUGCAAAGCUUCCAAAACUUGACCAAUUUACCCAAGAAAUAAAGCAAAAUAUUCAAGAGUUUGAACGUAUUCUCAGUGUAAGCUCUUCAGAUCCAGAUCUUCCACCCCAGAUUGAGAAGAAGAUUCAAAAAAUGGAAGCCACAAUUACCAAAGCAAAAUCAGCAGUUACUGACUGUAACAAUGUUGACAAAAAAUUAAGACAAUUAGUUGAUUUAACAGAAGAUGAAGCCAAGUUUCACAUGAAACAAAGUGCUUUUCUUUACCAACUUGCAGUCCAAACAACACCAAAAAGUCUACAUUGUUUGUCAAUGAGACUAACAGUUGAGUAUUUUAAAACUUCACCCGAUGAGGCUGAUCUGUCAGAGAGUUUGUUGAAUCCGGACCUGCAUCACUAUGUUAUCUUUUCCAACAACGUGCUUGCAUCAUCUGUGGUUAUCAAUUCGACUGUUAUGCAUGCAAAGGUCAGUAGGAAGCAGGUGUUUCAUGUAUUAACAGAUAAGCAAAGCUUCUUCUCCAUGAAAAUGUGGUUCUUCACAAACUCUUACAAAGACGCAACAGUUCAAGUUUUAAACAUUGAAGAUCUUGACCUUCUAGAAGGUCAACCGUCCUCUCAUUUGUCAAUGCCCCAAGAGUUACGCGUCUCUUUCCUUUCCACAACAAAAACCAGAACCGAAUACAUCUCUGUGUUUUCUCAUUUGCAUUAUUCCUUACCAAGAAUAUUCCCAUCUUUGAAAAAAAUCAUUCUUCUUGAUGACGAUAUUGUUGUCCAGCGUGAUCUUUCAUCGUUAUGGAAUGUUGACAUGAAUGAAAAAGUCAUCGGGGCAGUGCAGUUUUGCAUGGUGAAAUUGGGUGCAAUUAAGGAUUACUUGGGGAAGGAAAAAUAUGAUGCUAAUUCUUGCACUUGGAUGUCCGGGAUGAAUGUUAUUGAUUUGGUUCGAUGGAGAGAAAAAGAUGUUACUAGAACGUAUCAAGGUUUGGUGCAACGGCGGUUGACCGAAACAACGCUAGGAGCAACCAUGUUGACUUUUCAAGGCUUACUUUUUGCUCUUGAUGACACAUGGGUAUUAUCCGGGCUGGGUCAUAAUUACAGUAUUCCCAACGCCGCAAUUAACAAAGCUGCUGUAUUACACUUCAAUGGCAACAUGAAACCCUGGCUUGAUCUCGGUAUUCCAAGUUACAAAACUCACUGGAGAAGGUAUCUAAAUAAAGAAAACCGUUUCUUGACUGAUUGCAAUGUCAACCCAUGAUUGCGGUUUCAUCAUUUCAAGCAGAUUCUUUAAAUGAAUGAGAGAAGAAAACGAUAUCUGGACCCGAUUCCCAGAAAUCGUGGAUACCCAAGUGAAGUGGCAACCGCGUGUAUUUCUUGUCAUCUGGACUGAAUUUGUCCAGUUUCAUGAGUGGCGAUUGCGGCUGUGAUUGACAGGAAUAUGAAGAAUGUUACUUUAAAGUAGGUAGGAAAGUGAUUAGAUUUUCUUUUUUCAUUUCGAUUCUCCUCGAUCGUUAUAGUAUUUGUAUUCAUGGUAAUUAGGGAUGUUAUGGUGAUUAAGGGAUAGCAAAUAAUUCAAUUACUUUACUACGUUAGCUUGCUCGGUUUUUAACCUUAGGGGUGUAAACGAGUCGAUUCUCGUUUGUGUAAACUUGUACCUUACCUCUAGUUGAUAUUUCUACUAAUAUCAUUUAAUAUUUCUUGUGCUUCUA